GAAAGAAAAGUCAUCCAGAUCAAGCAACACUGCAAACCACUACUGCCCCGUGCACUGCAACUUUUCUUGGCAAAUCUCAUCAUCAACCCAGCCGGACAGACCCUCCCAUCCAAACCACAGACUCAACCACCGCUUCCUCGCCAAGAUGUGCAUCGGACUCUUCGCCCUCCUCCGCAAGCGCUCCAAGAACAAGGCCCGCGCUGAGGCCGACGAGAAGGCCAACAACGCCAACGCCCAGUACGCGUACGACUCGGCCGGCUCCGCGCCCGCCUACCCUCCUCCCCAGGGCCAGCAGCAGCAGCAGCAGUAUUAUGCUCCCCCUCCCGGAGCUGGGCAGCGGAUCUGAUGCCCAGACACGAGAUCUGUGCGGUUAAAGCGGCCGGCCGUAAGACAGGGGAUACCAUGUGAUAUGAGGCAGUGCGGGGGACGUUUGGGAUAGAAGGAGGGCAUAGACCGCGGCCAAUGUAUCCCGUUUGCGUGACUUUGGCUUGAUUUUUGGAACAUGUGGAGUUGGGAUGGGUUUCAUAGUUAUUUCUCAAUUCAGCAAUCGCUUCGAGUUUGUUCUUCAGUGUUAGCUGUCAUCACUUUGUGUGUGCGUCAGAAUGGUGGCACUGGUCAUUGGAUGUUGCAUUUACGUCAUAGGGGUUUUGGAGCUGUUGUAAAGCCGCAAUUGUAUUGAGACUGAUGUAUCCCAC